AUGAACGAACUUUGGUGGAAAAUUGGUGGAAUUAGCGCUUGUAGUGCUAUUAUUUCAGGUGCUUAUGGUGGACAUGGAUUAAAGAAAAAAGUUACUGAUGUAGCACGUCAAGAUAUUUGGAAAACUGCACAACAAUACCAUCUUUAUCAUUCAUUUGCCUUAUUCCUUGUUCCAUUCUCAACACAACAAAAUAUUGUUGGUCCAAUGUUUUUAACUGGAAUUUUAUUAUUUAGUGGAUCAUUAUAUAAUUUAUCACUUACAAAUAGAAAAAUAGGUGUUUCUCCAAUUGGUGGAUUCUUGUUUAUGGCAGGUUGGGUAAUUUUAGGAAUGACAUUAGAUAAAUCAUUAUUUUUAAGAAAUUAA